AAUGUGCUUACAUAUGUAUACUUUUGUAUAUGCCUGUAUAUAAGUCCCGUUUGAAUUGGAGUAGCUAGCUAAAAAAAGCACGUUGCCAAAUACCUAAGAUGUCGGUAAAAAUAUGGCAUCUAUUAGUAGUUGCAAUUUUAAUUGCAACAAACGUUAGCGCGGACAAGAAACAAAGCAAAAAGUACAGCCGGGAAGCAAACAGCCCGCAUUUCCAACAAGUGGUGGAGGAAAAGAUUAAUGCGGAAUUUAAAAACUUGCAGCGGCCAUUUCGCAUGGCGAAGCUGAACUUAGUGUGGUCAAAGGCUCAAAGCAGGUUGACUGAACCGAAACUUAAGUCUUUGUACAUGGAGCUAAAGAUACACGACAAGGAAGAGAUUGCUUGGAAGCAGUUAAAUUCCCAACAUUUGGACAAGGAUGGCUUAAAGGAGAAUGAUCUCCGGCAAAAGCUUAUCGGUAUUAUGAGCAGCUACGAUCUGUUGGAGCAUUUCGAUGACACUCAAGAUGUGGAGAAAACUAAACCAUUUAAGAAAUUUCACGAUCCGGAGGAUCGUCAUAAAAACAAAAGUUUAUUUAAGGACAAAAAAUUGAAUAGGCUGUGGGAGAAGGCGGAACUAUCUGGUUUCACGUCUGAUGAAUUGAAAACUCUCAAGCAGGAAUUCGAUCAUCACCAAGAUAAAGUCGACAUGUACUACAGCUUAUUGGACAACAUUGGCACAUUAGAUACUGAUAAGCACGAAAAUGCCAUUAACACUGAAGACUUGGACAAUUACAAUCUUAUUUCUAAUGAUCCCAAUGAAAAUGAAAUAAAUACACACGAACAGAAUAUCAAGAAAUACGAAAAUAAUAUUAACACAUUGCGGAGCCAUCAUACGGGAAUUAAGGACCAUUACGAUCGGUUGGAACGACUUGUUUCUUCCGGACCUCAUAGUCAAGACUUUAUUGAACCUAAGGUUCAAGGUUUGUGGCGUGUUGCGAAAGCGAGCAACUUCACAGAAAAAGAAUUGGAUUCCAUUAAGACAGAGCUACAUCAUUUCGAGAGUCGCUUAUUAAAGUUGCGUCACUUGCACGCGGAGCAUGCUCUGCACAAAGAAAAGUACAAGAAUGAUAAACAUAAGGACAAAAGCAAUCGCUUUGAGGACAUGGAAGAUCAGUUAAAGAAACAAACGCGCAAAGUUGAAAAGUUACAGGAGAACAUUGAGAAAACCAUUUUUAAGCACACAGAACUUUGAAUAUGUGUACUUGGAGGCCGUGCCAAUCGAAGAAAUUAUUUAUAAGUAAUUUUGUGUUUCAAUGCACAAAUAUCGUGAAGCAAUUAUUGAGUUAUACACUUUUUUGCAAUACUUUUUUAUACCAAAAGUGCUAAGCUAUAAGCAGUAAUAAUAUGAAGUAAAAAAUGAAUCUAGACCAAUACAAA